AUGCCUGCAAGGAAGCCACGCCCUAUAACUAAAGUUGAAGGCAUCAGUCGCAAAACUGCUCUGAACACUUUGAGGAUUCGAGAUAUGGGGGCAGUUCCUCAGAAAGUCCUCAAUUGGCUUCAUGGGGCGAUUAACAGUGAAUACCGAAAUAUCCCACGCACCUACUCAGAUGUUGCCCAAACGCUCUCGUACAAUCCCAACUUCGCUCUCCGAACAGACGUCUAUACAUACGAGAACGGCCAAUCUUCCCUCCUUCUGAACCUACGAGGCACUCUACCUGUUUCUUUCCGGGGUACGACAUAUGCUUUUCCGAUCUCGGUAUGGGUACCUCAAGAGUACCCAAACGUGGGGCCCAUCGGAUUUGUCACGCCGACCAAAGAUAUGGCGGUCCGGCCUGGGCAAUACGUGAGUGGGGAAGGGAGGAUAUAUCAUCCGUAUCUGGCAGGGUGGAGAGAUGAUAGGUCCAAUCUAAAUGAAUUUUUCUCCAUUCUGCAAAACAUCUUUGCGCAGGAACCACCCGUCAUCGCGAAGCAAAAUUCGGCGUCACAGCAAAACGGUGCACCACCGCCAAUUCCGCCGUUGCCACCAGAGCUGGGAAGGUCAGAUAAUAGUGUCAGACAAUCCCAGUCUCCAGCAGGACACCAACGUCCGCCGCCACCGCCAAAACCAUUUGAUGCUCGUGGUCCGCCGAAUGCUCAAGUUAGCGCCCCCACGCCACUCCCACCUCUUCCGUCUAGGCCAGAACCGCAGUACAUUGGUUCCUAUCUAGCCCAACAGAAUGGGUACGCGAGAGCUCCACCUCCUAUGCCCCGGAAGGCGCCUCAAAGAGGCAGCAGCUUACAACAUGAUAACGAUGCACAUUCUGAACCGAACAGAGCUUCUCAUUACCCGAAUCAGCAGCCCUGGCUCGACAACGUCAGCCCCAUGAGGCCUGGCUCUCGGCAGAACACCUUCCCUUCCGAUCAGAUGAGCAUUAAUCAGCCCCGAUACUCCCAGCAAGGACCACGGCCUUCACCCACUGGUCAGUAUCAAAAGGGUUAUCCUCCAGCAUACCAAGAUCGUGUUCAGCGACCUCCAUCUCAACCCAGCUACCAACAACCACCCCCACAGUCGUAUCAGGUUCAAAGGCACCCUCCUCAGCAAUCUCCGCAAUCAUCAAAGCCUAAAGCGCCAGAAGAUCUGCUUACCUCUUCGUUCGAAACCGCACUCCCAGCACAACCAACAAAUGUUGCUCCACCUCCAAUUCCACCCAACCCGCAGAAAGACGCACUACUCUCGGCUUUCUCCGAGACUCUCACCCAACAGAUACACUCAAGUCAUACUUACAACCUUUCUGCACUGCCUCCCCUCCGUGCUCAACAAGCCGCACUGACGCAAACCUUGAACGCCAUCAACAGGGAAAUAUCGCAGCUGAAUGACCUCGAAGCGCUGCUUUCCUCGAAUGAAAAUAUUCUGCACCAGGCGAUGCGUGAUGCUGACAAGGUUCUCGAAGAUGCGAAGCGCAGAACGGUACCCAAUGUAGAUGAGGUACUUGUUGCGCCGACAGUCGUAGCUGGGCAGUUGUAUCAGAGUGUAGCUGAAGAGAAGGCAAUUGAAGAAAGUAGAGGCGUCUUGGGUAAAGCUUUGGACAAGGGGAGGAUAGGGGGGCGGGGUGUGGGCGAAGCAAACAAGGAGCUUGGCCAGAGAAGAAUUUUUGAAGAAGGCGCUGAUCAAGAAGAUAUCCAGAGGUAUGGCCAUAUCUGA